GCUUGAGCGUUGGGAGCGAACUGAUGCUGCAAGGCGUGUCGUGGUGCACCGGGCCACCACCAUGUGAAUCACAUGAUGUGAUCCGGACAGGAGGAGGUGAAGGCGGGAGGAGCGUCCUACAAGAGUUCGGCCGGACAUCUCUCCCCAUCACUCCGGAUACAGGCCACACACACCGUGCUCCACUUCAACCGGACAUUUGAAAGCGUUCCACCGGAUACAAGACCAAACCUACGCUCUGUUUUUUUUUGAAGCGUGAGCAGAGCCAAAGAGAGAAGUUCGCCAUGGGAGCCGAGAGUUCAGUGCAGCGGGACGGGAAGACUGAGGAGGAUGCCCCGGUCACGGCUGCAGCCUCCGGCGGGGAGCUGAGCGCGGAGGUGACGCUGCUGCAGGAGGGAGACGACAAGCCUCUGCAAAAGAAUGGACAGAUCUCCAGCCUGAGCAGCCUGAACGGACACUCGGAGGACCACACGCUGGCAGAAGUUGGCCAGCCAGAUGGUGUAUCUGUGGCCCAGAAGGAGGAGGCUCCUGAAACGAUGGACACCACAACGGAUGAAGUGACCCCUCAAGUCAACGGUGAAAAGGUGGAGAAAGAGUCUCCCGAUGCCAAUGGCAUCUCGGCAGUUGAAGAGAAAGCAGCCGAGGAGAAACCAGAUGACGCCAGUGAAGUGGGCUUCAAAAAGAUAUUCCGCUUCGUGGGCUUUAAGUUCACCCUGAAGAAGGACAAAAGCGAGGAGAAAGACCCUGUGAAGCUGCUGACAGUCAAAGAUAAAGAGGAAGAAGAAGAGGUCACUGGAGCUGAUGAGGCUACUAAAGAGGAGGCUGCCACUGCUGAGGAGACGGGUGAAGAAAAGGUAGCUGACGCAGAGGUGUCGACCGCAGAGGCUGAAGUCACUGAAAACACUGAAAGUCCUGAAGCUGAAACAACCGAGGAAGUGGCCAAGGUCGAGGGAGCUGAGAAGGAGGAAGGGGAAAGCAGCCCACCAGCCCAGGAAACCACCAUCUCACCCUUCAGGAAGCUCUUCAGUGGAGGGCUCUUUUCUAAUCUGCGCAAGAAAGCAAGCAUAAGGAAGACAAAAGAAGACGAGGAGAAGGAGGCAGUAGCUGAGGCUGAAAAGACAGAAGAUGUGGAAGCUGAUGCGAACAAGGAAAAGGUUGAGGAGAAGCAGGAAGCCAAAGAUGAAGAAGACGUGGCGAAAGAGGAGGAAAAAGCAGAGUCAAAAGAAGAGGCGCCUGCAGAGGCUACUGGUGAGCCAGAGUCAGCUGCUGCAACAGCUGAACCUGAAGAGAAGAAGCAGGAAGAAGACAGUCAAGAAACUGGUCCAGAAGAAGGAGCAGCAGCCGAGGUGGCUACUGAGGCUGAGCUGACAUCAUCACAGGAGAAGGUGAAGCUCCAGGGAAGCCCGCUGAAGAAACUAUUCACAGGUGCUGGCCUCAAAAAGCUCUCCACUAAAAAACAAAAAAGCAAGAAAGAUGCUGAAGCCAAGGAGUCAGGAGACCCGGCAGAACAGCUUCAAUCCUCCACAGAGUCAGAUGAGGGCGCCAAAGCAGACAGUGGCACUUCAUCUCCAGAGGAGUCCGGAGAGCAUGCGGUUGGUGUGGAGGUGACCCAGGCCGAGUCCAGCCAGGAGGCUGAAGCUGAAGUUGCUACAGAUGGAGAGAAAAAGAAAGAGGGGAUCAUCGCCUGGUCAUCUUUCAAAAAACUCGUGACCCCCAAGAAGCGUGUGAAGAGGCCGUCUGAGAGCGAGGAUGAGGCCACAGGGGACAAACCCGCCAAGUCUUCCACCUUGUCCUCCUCUGAAAGUGCUCCGUUGGCUGAUAAGAGCGGAGAGGAGGAAGCUAAAGAAGAGAAGGCCGCAGAAGAGGAGAAGACAGAGAACACAGAGAAACUUGUAAGUAGCACUGAGGAGCCCAAAAAGAAAAUGGACACAUCCGUUUCUUGGGAAGCUCUGAUGUGCAUGGGUGGCCCCAAAAAGAGGACCAGGAAGACUUCUGAUUCCGACGACGAGGAGACCAAGAUUGAAGAGGAAAAUCAACAAGAUGCUGCUGAGACAGAGGCGGAGGCCAAAGCCGAUGCUGCCAUCACUACAUCCCAAAUCACAGAGAGCGAGGGGGAAGUGGUUUCCUCUUGUGAGCCCCAGACCAGUUCCACUGAGAAGGAGUCCGCCUGGGACACGCUGAAAAGGAUGGUCAAGCCAAAGAACAAGGCCAAAACUGAAGAGAAGGCUGAGGAGAGCCCAGAACAAGUCCAGUCUGACGGUGAGGCACCAAAAGAUGAGUCGUCAUUCUCCCUGAAGAAGUUCUUCCCUGGACGCAGAAAGAAGAAGGCGGACAAGCAGUCCUCCACUGGCCAGACGUCUGGUGAGGAGGAUUCUGACACGCCCGCCGUGGUUCCUCUCUCUGAGUACGAAGACAAAACUGAAGAGGAAAAGGAGAAAUCAACCGAAGUGGCUGAGAAAGCUGAGGUUCAGGAGAGAGUGUCGGCAGAAGACAGAUCACCGUCAUGGAUCUCAGCAACCGUUGAUGUUGGCGACGACAAACAUGACGAGCUCAGUGACAUUCCAGAGGAAGGGGAGAACGUCACCGCGAAGUCAGCUGACACCGACACCCAGGACGACGACACUGAAGACAUUGUUCCUCCACCUAAACUCUCUGGGCGUAGGUUGUCUACAGCUGAGGUGAAGCCCCUCGCGCCAGCUCCACCUGCCGAAACUACAGCAGCCCAAAAACCACCCAAUUCAGAGAGCGCCUCAGAGGUCAAUGGAGCUAUCUCAGCUCAGAUCAGCCAAAUUCCUGCCAACAUGUGUGUGGCCCUUGAAGAUACGCCAGUCGAUGCCGCUGCCGAGACCACAGAAGCCGACCCACCUGCUGAAGUCGUUGAAGCCAAAACCAAUAAGCUCCUUGAGCCUCACGCAAAGGAAGAGGCCACAGCGAUCUGCACUGGUCUCGGAACCAAGGAGAUCGCCAGCAUCCCCUUAGAGAGCACUGUGAGCCCAGUCAGAGAAGAUGCACCUGAGAUCAGCCACACUGUGACCACAGAGCCAACCAUCGAAGACAAGCCAAAGGUGCACGAGGAAGCCACUGCCACGGAAGAUCCCCUGCUGAAGGCUCAAGUGUCCCAAAUUGAAACCACUGAUCUUGAAGUCAGCGUUGACAGCGCACCGAUGGAACAGGCUGAUGUUGAAUGCGCCACUGAGUGCUCGGAACCCAACAUGGAAAAAGCGGGAAUCUGCACCACCGUCCAGGAAGCCUCGGAGGUCGUGCAGCUCACCUCCAUGUCUGAGAACUCUCCCAAAGCGGUCAUCAUCAACCCCAUCACAGCAACAUCUGAGACCGUCGUCUGCACCCAGAACAUUGAAGUCACUGAGUUGCUUGUGGAAACCAAGGAGGAGGAGAAACAGGUUGCUGGUGAGGAGAACACACCCGUGGAUGGAGUCAUGGAAGUUGUCGCAAAGGAGGUCUUCUCCUCCGUGGCAAGCGCCGUGCAGACCAACGUCACCGAGGAGACGGAGCCGGUCAUGACUGUGGUUGAGCCGAACGAGGAGGUUUGUGUUGUCGCAGAGUCGAUCGUCCUAGUUGCCCCACACACUGCAGACACUGAGACAUCUUUGGUGAACGCUCCAGUGACCGUUGAGCAACCCAACAUGGAGACCAUUGUUGAUAAGAACCAGGCUGGUGAGGAGAUUGAGAAUGCUGUGGAGGCCCAGGGCAUGGUUAUCGCCCAGGCUGUGAUCAAAGAGGCCAUCGAUCAAGUAUCAGACGAGGCACCACAGUCCUCCAAACCUUCCACCCCGUCAUGUUCCACCAUUCCUACCCCUGACAAGGCUGUAGUGACCACAGAGGAGGAGUUCGAGAUCGUACAAGCUCCUGUCACCCAAGACACACCUGUUCCUGUCGUGUGCGACAAACCCGCACCGAAGCCAAUACACCUCGCCGUGGAAGUGUGUGACACCAUCCCCCUGGAGGUCGCAGGCAGCCUUGACGGGACACUGGAGGAUAAGAAGCCCGAGAAAGAGUUGAAGACUGCCAUGGAGGUCCAAGUAAGUGCAGAGUCGAUCACAGUUGAAGAAGUGGUGGAGAUCAAGGAAGAAAAAGACGUGGGCGGAGAACUUGAAGACAUCAAGGAGGAAGAGGAGAACGUCGGCGAAACUGAAGCGCAGAAGAAGACAAAGGCGGUCCACAUGCCAGUUCAGGUGGUGCUGCAGACAGCCGAGAUGAUCGAGGAGCAGACUGUGGAAGAGGAGGCCGCCGUGGAGUUCGACAGCAACGGUCCCGUCGAUUCAAGCGCGCCAGCAGAGGGAGCUGCAAGUGAGAGCCAAGUCUCAGAAAGUGUUUCAACGCAACCCGAGAAGCCUCAGGAGGCAGAGCCGGCCGAGAAGAUGGCGUCCGUGAAGUGUGCAGAGGUGAUGGCCCAGGUGAUCGAGGUCAUCGAGGAGGCAGUGAAGGAGAUCGAACCAGCAACCACAGAGAUCACGACAGCAUCAUGAGCAGAUGCAGAAGUCCAGAUCCGGAGACUGGCUGUCUGGCCCAGGAAGUGAGAGACGAGGGAGAGAGGACGUGCUGCGACUGGGCUCCUCCUCUCUCUGACCCAGAGUGACUGACUGUUGGAGCAAACGCUCUGCCGUUCUCUCCACUUCCCCCUUCCACCCGUCCCUCCUCUGUUGUUCCACCAUCCCCACACUCACACACAGACAUGUUGUGCUCCUUGUUCAGCUUGUUUUACUGUGCCAUUUAUUGUCAUGGACGAUUGUGUUUACGUGUGUAAGGAGGAGGAGGUGACCAGACCGGGGGAUUAUUAUCUUGUACAUUGUAUUUAUAUCACAACUAUCCUUCCACCCAUCCCGAGUCUUAUUUUUUGUUAUUGUAAUUAUAUUGUAUUUGAAACGGCGUAUCGAGACGCCACUAACAUCUUAUCCCAAUAUUCUGGAGCAGAUAAAACAAUGGUACAAGUGGCAGAUUAGACAGGCGCAUGAAAACCGUCACCGCUCUCAUUGACCUUGUCACAGGACUCACCAACACUCACUGCCUGAUUCACUGUGAAGAAUGAUUGUUACUCAUUGUUACUUGUAUAAUAAACUACUAUAUCAAAUCACUCGAGUUCCUGCCAGACAUACUUGGUUAUGACAUGUACAGAAUAUUAUUUUAGAGUCAGGUGGUUGAGCUUGUGUAGAAUUGUUGUUAUUGUGACUGUGCCCCCUGUUGAUUUCAGACAGUACUGCAACAGUCUCUUUUUCAAAAACAGUCUGUCAAAAGUGAUUGAAUGAUGGUUUAGAUGCUCAGCGAGUUAUGAAACUACCGUUUUUAUAUUUACAAAGACAGGCUUCAGAUUUGUUGCUAAAACUGAACUAGCUGAGCUAAAGAAAGAAAAUCCUGUUCACCUGAUCUCGGCACCGUGGAGGACUCAGGUGACACGGCCUGCACGACAAGAAGAAAAAAGAGCAUUUUAUGAGCAAUUUAGAGGGCAAAUCGAGUUAGGAUGAGUCAGGAGGAACUCUUCCCUCGCUCGCCGCAUGAGACAUCAGUUGAGUCCAAUUAAAUCCCUCGCGUCGCCUUUGAUUCACUCAUGAAACUGGAGUCAUGAGGCAUGAGUAAAUUGAUCAGUUGGGAUUAAAACUCCAAACAGAGAGUUUUCUUUUUCACCAAAGCUUGUGACCCGCUCACUGACAACAGCUCCUAGAGCUGGCUGAUUAUUCCCACCAAAAAAAAAAACAGAAACAUACCUGGAUCGAUGUAAGAUAAAAGGUUCUCUGUGCAUUGUUGUAAAGCUUUGAAUAGUCCACGUCGCUUUCCUCCUCUGCCUUUGUAACGCCUUUAACUGUGAAGCUGGUAACCACUGUACAGAUUGUAUACUGAGAUCAUAUUGUAAUGACUAACCAUCUGCAACCACGUAUCUUAACAACCGUGUAGCAUGGUCUUUUAUACCGUCCAAGCUGUCGAUAGUACGGAUCUACAGAUCUAUAUUUCAUUCAAUAAAGGUAGAAUUUAAAAGAA